ACUUAUUCACACACAAACAAACGCACACACUGCAACUCCGCAAAACCUUCCAAAUCGGAGCAGAAUGCCUCCCGCAGAAGAUUCAUCCGUCAAUUCGACAACAACGAGAAAGCAGCGCAAGCGUUUCAAACGAAAAGUGAGUAUCAAGGUGAAAAGGAUAGCGGAGAAGACGAAGAAGCGGAAAGAAAAAGCAAACGUUACCCCGCUUGUGACCAAGUACUGGCUUCAAAGGUACGAUCUUUUCUCCAAAUACGACGUCGGCAUCAAAUUGGACGAGGAAGGGUGGUUCUCCGUCACCCCGGAGGUAAUCGCCGCCUGUCAGGCUGGCCGGUGCGCCGGCGCCGGAGUUGUUAUUGAUGCCUUUGCCGGCGUUGGGGGGAAUGCCAUUCAGUUCGCCAAAGUGUGUAGUCGUGUUAUUGCCGUUGAAAUCGACCCGGAAAAGGUUGCACUGGCAAUUCAUAACGCUAAAAUCUACGGUGUAGAAGAUUGUAUCGAUUUCAUCGUCGGAGACUUUUUCCAGCUUGCACCUUUCUUGAAGGGUGAUGUAGUAUUUCUGUCACCACCUUGGGGGGGCCCAUCGUAUAAGGCGAGGCAAGAUUUUACUCUCGACUUACUCAAGCCGAAAGAUGGCCAUUCAUUGUUUCAAGCUGCUCAGGCAAUAACACCUAACGUAAUUAUGUACUUGCCUCGGAAUGUUGAUGUGCUCCAAGUUAGCGAGCUUUCGUGGCUGUCUUCUCCUCCGUUGGAUAUCGAGGUGGAAGAAAAUUAUGUGAGGGGCAGAUCCAAGGGUAUAACAGUCUAUUUUGGGGAUAUUGCUUUCCAAUAGAUUGGUAAAUAGCAAAUUAAAAAUUGUUACUACGGUGC